AUUCAACCCGAAAAGAUCCUACAAGGUUUUUAUACAAAAAGGGGCGAGAAUGAGUGAACGAUCGACGCAAAUGAGCCGGGACGGACUUCAUUUCCCACAAAAAACAAACCAAUAACAACCACCGUCCCUUGAAAUGAUCUAUUUUAUUGCUCCUACGUUCCAGGACGAGCGACUGCAGCUCUCUGCUCGGCGAGCUGAAGCCCGAGUGCAUCGCCGGCAUCGUGACUCAGCAGCGCUCUGACGUCGCCCGGCCCUGUUCUGUCCGAAAAGGCUGCGUCGACCAGUUGCCGCAAGCACCGGAGUCACGUGGUCUGCUGCCCUGCUCCAGGAGAUUAGACACCGAAAGCGUUAACAAAAGGGGCGGAUGCAAUACGGCUUGAAGUCAUCGGCGUGUGUGUGUGAGUGCCAGGAGAACACAGUAGAAAAAGACCGGCACAGAAAGGGGGCUGAACAAGGGACACAGUGCGCACAAUGCUGGAUGUAACAGGAAGGGAUCCUCUCUGCACACCUCGCUUUUACUCUGCGACAUUCACUCGUUCUCUUCCCUUGGCCUGUGAGGGCAUCGGGCCCAGUCUCUGCUGCAGUGGGAGUGAUCUCAUCCUCUCCGUGCAUUGAAUGCCCAAUAUGAAGAGCAUGGUGAAUACAGAAGACUGAGUAAGUGCUUGGACGGCAACUCCUGCUAAGGGGAGAUAGAGUGGGAGUGAGAGAGAGAGAGAGAGAGACUACAUAAGGUAUCAGGGUAAACGCUGGAACUGAGAGCGGUGAGCCCGAGAAGUAAGAUGAGUCUGACGGGCCCCCAGGACCUCACCGCCAGCGGCAGCCGGGCCCCCCGUGGAGCCACCGGGACGGAGGCGAAGCCCUCCACCCCCACCAGAAAACCCAAACCGCCCAAGCCGGAGAACGCCGUCACCAUCGGCGUGUCGGCCCGAGUCCUCUUCAACAUGGAGACGGAGCAGCAGAUCUACGAGCAGCAGGGCCUGGAGGAGUACAUCAGGUAUCAGGUGGAGCACGAGGCGCAGCCCUUCAGCCCCGGACCCGCCUUCUCCUUCGUGAAGGCUCUGGAGGCCGUGAACGCGCAGCUGAGGGAGCUUUACCCCGAGAGCGAGGAGCUCUUUGACGUGGUGCUCAUGACAAACAACCACGCGUACGUCGGCCUGAGACUCAUCAACACCAUCAACCAUCACCAGCUGUUCAUUGAGCGCUUCUGUAUGACGGGAGGGAACAGUCCCAUCGGCUACUUGAAGGCGUACCACACCAACCUUUACCUGUCAGCCGACCCGGUCAAAGUUCGGGAAGCUCUGGAAGAAGGAAUAGCAGCGGCCACCAUGUUCACCCCAGAGAAGAUGACGGAGGUGUCCGAGACUCAGCUACGCGUCGCCUUCGACGGCGACGCCGUCCUCUUCUCCGACGAGUCGGAGCGCAUUUACAAGGCCCACGGACUGGACAAGUUCUUCGAGCACGAGAAGGCCCACGAGAACAAGCUCCUGGACCAUGGGCCGCUGAAAGGUUUCCUGGAGGCUUUGGGAAAGCUGCAGAAGAAGUUUUACGGCAAAGGCCAGCGCAUGGAGUGCCCCAUCCGGACCUACCUGGUGACGGCUCGCAGCGCGGCCAGCUCCGGUACCAGGGCCCUGAAAACGCUGCGCUCCUGGGGCCUGGAGAUCGACGAGGCUCUCUUCCUGGCGGGGGCGCCGAAGGGCCCCAUGCUGGAGAAGAUCAGGCCGCACAUUUUCUUCGACGACCAGAUGUUUCACGUGGAGGGGGCAGCAGAGAUGGGGACGGUGGCUUGCCACGUGCCCUACGGGGUGGCUCAGAGGGUCACCAGGAGAGAAAUGAAUGGCGGAGAGACUUCUUCAGCACCCAAGUAGCCUGGAGAUCGACGUCUGAAGGCACCGGAGACCGGAGGGAAGGUUUCAUUUGGGCCGUCGGCGCAUGAAGAUGUUUUAACUGCAUUUAAAACUACAGGAUUCAGACCAAAAUGAACUACUUCUUUAUUGAUUCACUGACAUGAAAACAUUUGAACUAAAUAGAGAGGAUGAACCGACAUGUGUUCUUAGCCUGUAAUUGUCCUUUGAAAGACCUACUAAAUUACUUUAAACAUUAAUAAAGUUAUUAGUUAAAGCGUACAAGCCAUAACGAAGAUGGCCUUAUUUGAAUCAGUGCAACUCAAAGCUUUUUAUAAUAAUAAUUAAAUUUUUUACUUGCAUAUCAGCAGCCCCUUGUAUUAUUUUCUGUACUUCAAUAUAUGUGUUCCUUUAAAAAACAAAAAUGCCAGUAAACACAAAGCAUAUUCAAGCAGAGCUAAAUAUUGGGCGUGAAAAGAGUUUAACAUAAAUGUAACAUUUUAUUGCUCGUCUGUCUGUCUCAAACCGGUGCCUUUUUCCUCAGUAUUGAUGGACAUUUUGCAUCAAUCCAGCAUGUUAAUGGUACACUGUACGUGGUUGAUAUGAAUGCAUUUCAAGAUAAGAACUUGAUUAUUUUACUUCUUUAUUUACAAUUUCUGCUUGAAGACAGUAUAUAUGGUAUAAUAUAUGAUAUAAUAUAUAUUUACUAAAAUGCUUCAUGUGCAAUAUGUAUUUCUGCUACUCGUGCCUAAAGUUCCGAAAGGUUCGAUGUCACCUUUUGUUGCCUGUUUGUCUCAUUUUGUAAUUUAGUUGUGUUGUUAUUGGCACUGUAAGAUCAACUUUAGAUAAAAUAAUGAGCAUUGUGAACUGAUGCAAUAAAGUUUUUGGGUUUCAAGAUUUAAAGUAAAAAUGACUAAAUUAAAUAAUAAAAUUUGCAACACCGUG